CAUAGACAUGCAGCUGAUAUUGUAGCACACUUCCUUUCUUGCAUCCUCGUCUGUGUUUGAAUUUAAGAAAAACGUGACAUGUUUAGGAUCGCCCUGGUCGCGGCCUGUUUCCUGCUUGCAGUACAAUCCCACCCUAUUGAGGAUCUUCUCCAGCAGCCUGAAGAAGGAGGACAGAUAUGGGCAGUUAUUAUUGCUGGGUCGAAAAAUUGGUACAACUACCGGCACCAGUCUGACGUGUGUCAUCUCUAUCAUCUUCUGACCAAAAAGCAUGGGAUUCCCAAGAAAAACGUCAUCACCUUUAUGUACAACGACAUCGCCUUCAACGAAGAAAACCCGCACCAAGGAGUCAUAAUCAACGCUCUCCAUGGUAAAGAUGUGUAUGAAGGUGUCAUGAUAGAUUACAUGGGAAAGGACGUAACUCCACAGCUUUUCUUGGACGUCCUAAUGGGCAAAGACAUGGAGUUCGGCAGCCGUAAGAGUCUAAAGAGUGGACCAAAGGACACAGUUUUCGUAAACUUUGUCGAUCACGGAGGUCCUGGAGUACUCGGAUUCCCCGCAGGUGAACUUCACGUUGCAGACCUGACCAAGACCCUUCAGACUAUGUACAUGGAUAAACAUUACAAACAGAUGCUAUGGUACGUAGAAGCUUGCUAUUCCGGGUCUAUGUUCGACGAGUUGAGUCCUGACAUGAACAUCACAGCUCACACUGCAUCAAACACAAAGGAGAGCUCUUACGCUUGUGUUAAAGACGAGGAGAUGGAUGUGUACCUUGGAGACUGCUGGAGCCUCAACUGGAUGAACAACACUGAGCAGAUUUACCCUAAUUUGUCAAAGGAAACUGUGGAAGAGCAAUACGAGAUUGUGAAGAACAUGACUACCCACAGUCAUGCCUCAAUUUACGGUGAUUUGACUUACAUUUACAAGGAGCCAAUCUCCGUGUUCCUCGGUCAUCCUGGAAGUGCAAUAGAGGUUGAGCCAGUUUCUGACUGGGACUAUAUUUACAAGCCUAUUCCCAGCCAGGAUGUGAUGAUGGAAUAUCUCAAAAGUAAAAGAGAUAAGUCCUUCGAUGUGGAGGAAACUGAGAAACUAGACGCAGAGAUCAGGUAUCACAUUUUAACCGAGGGCAAGGUCCAGGAGGUUUUGGAUCAGAUCUCUCGCCAAGUUACUGGUUCCCGGGAGAUGGAUACGGUGUUCUCUAGGCAUCCACAAACUAUAGCUCAUCCAGAGUGCAACAAAGGUGUGCUGAGUGCUUUCUUCAGCCAGUGCUACAAGAUGCAGACACACCCUUACAUCACCAAAUAUCUCUAUCGUCUCACCAACCUCUGUAAUGCGUACAAUGUGAAGAAUAUCGUAAGUGCUGUCACCGACAACUGUAAUUGCAACUGAAAUGAACUGUAUACAAAAUUAUCUUGAAUAAUGAAGAAUUGAAGGACUUCUACAUUUUUGUUGGGAUGUUUUGUUUUGUAAGGUUUUUAAGA